AUGUCAAGCAGAACAUUAGAGAGCCUGCCUUCAGUACCCACCAAGUUUACAAAAUCGCUGCCAUGCGAUAUCUAUACAGCCAAAGUAACCGAGACAAAUCAAACCAACUUGAUGCGCACACCUAGGCCUGUCCACGGAGCUGUCUAUUCGCACGUAUAUCCCGAAAAAGCACCCGAUCCUCGUUUAUUAGCAUUAUCUAAACCUGCAUGCAAAGAUUUGGAUCUAGAUGUCAACGAUAUAUUGAAUGACUCUCAAAAGUUUGUAUCGGUAUUUUCUGGAAAUGAGAUUCUGCCAGAUACUCGACCUUGGUCGCUUUGUUAUGCAGGACAUCAAUUUGGGUUUUUCGCGGGCCAGUUGGGCGAUGGAAGAGCAGUAUCAUUGUUUGAAUCAGUAAAUUCCAGAGGAGAAUCAUGGGAAAUACAGUUGAAGGGUGCAGGUCGCACACCUUACUCUCGCUUUGGUGAUGGCUAUGCAGUGCUGCGAUCCAGUAUUCGAGAGUUCUUGAUGUCUGAACACAUGCAUGCUUUGGGUGUGCCGACGACCAGAGCACUGGCACUGAUUGAGACAACAAGAGAUGUGUAUCGAGAUGAUGGGCCCAAAGGAAAGCAACCUGAAACUGGUGCUAUUGUUGCUCGCAUGUCACCCUCUUGGCUAAGAUUUGGCAAUUUUGAAAUGUUUUACUCUCGAGAUGAUAUGGAUAAUGUGCGACGUUUAGCUGAUUAUGCUAUAGAUCAAGUAGUCAAGGAUAACGAACAUGCAGGUCCUGGAAACAAGUACGCAAGAUUCUUUAGAAAUGUCACAAAGAGUACGGCAGAGAUGGUUGCGGAAUGGCAGGCUAUUGGAUUCAACCAUGGUGUGAUGAAUACAGACAACAUGUCAAUUUUGGGCUUGACAAUGGACUACGGACCGUUCCAAAUCAUGGAUUACUAUGACCCUUCAUAUACUUGCAAUCACUCGGACGAGUCUGGACGGUAUGCAUUUCAUCGUCAGCCUUCUGUUUGCUUAUUCAAUUUGGUAAAGUUGAGUGUGCCUUUAUUUGAAUUGAUCGGCGCAGGUGAAAAAGUAGAUGAAUUGGUGUUUGCAGACAUCACAAAUGAAACUAGACAAGGCGUUACUGAUGAAGACACACUGGAAGAAUAUCGCAACCAAGGCAGAGCAUUUGUGCAAGAAUUGCUCAAUAAUGAAUUCAAAGUUUACUUUAUGGACCGUCUCCUGACUAAAAUGCGAAGUAAGAUAGGUCUUUUGGAAGCCUCGAGCUCUCAGAGCGACAUGGAUGAUGUGGUUAUUCCUCUCUUGAAUUGGCUGACUACCUAUCACAUUGAUUACCAUCGCUUUUACAGAUCUUUAUCAAACUACAGGAUUACAGAACACGGUGAAGACGCAGAUGCGGAUAAGGCAAUCACAGAAUGGCUUGACAUCAAAACUGAAGAAGACACUCAAGCUGAGGCGAGUAAGGAAGCUUUGAAACCUUGGUUGGCUAUAUAUCGCCAUCGCCUGUUGAAGGACAAGGUGGAUAAUGAUGACCGUAAACAACGCAUGGAUGCAGUGAAUCCUCGCUUUGUACUUCGAAAUUCUAUCGCUGAAGAUGUCAUUCAAGCCUUUGAUGAUGACACAAACGAAGACGAAGCCAAGGAAAUUCUAAACGCUUGCUUGAAUGCCUGUAUCAAUCCAUUCAAGGACCACUAUGAGGAUAAACGUGUGGAAGAUUGGAUUAAUAGCCCUGUACCUGUAAGUAUUUAUUAG